AUGGCCUUUCGGCAAAGAGACUCCGAACAGCUCAGUCUCAUUCCAGGACUUACAUACCCCCUCAGUCUCAUUGCUAACAAUUCCGUGAAACUACUCCUAUCCCACCGUUCGCACCACCACUGCCGCCUUGACCCAACGCUUUGGGGAAGGCCAAUUUGUUUCUUACUCCUCGUGUUCCUCCUCUCGCUACUAUACGUUCCAUCCGACGCUUCCCCCCCCGAUGUCUCCGCGCUCUACAUCGUCCGCCUGCGCUCCGCACCACCUGUCGCGUCGUACCGCGGCGGAUUUCCCGGCUACCCAGCAACGGCCGUGUGGGACAGCGACCCUAACGGCAACGCGACAGAUGCGACGGCAGACGACACCGCUGCCGCUGGUGCGGCUACGACUAACGCUCUAGGGGGAAGGCUUGGCCGUCCGCUGCGGCGGCCGUGGGUGAACGUGAGGGCGCCGGGCGUGAGGGCGUUCAAGCAGCUGCUGCAGCGCAUGCAGCAGGCCGUGCUGAGAGACAGCGGGGUGGACGCGGGGAAGAUGGUCUAUAGCUACACGCACGUGUCGAACGGAUUCUCUGCCAAGCUCACGCCAGCGCAGGUGCAGCGCAUGAGGCGGCAUCCAUCCGUGGCGUCCGUGACGCAGGCGCGCGUGCUGCGCCCCGCCACCACCCACUCGUACAAGUUCCUCGGCCUUCCCUCCUCGCUCUGGGCCGCUGCGGGCGGGCCCAGCAGCGCAGGCGAGGGCACGGUGAUUGGCAUAGUGGACUCGGGCAUAUGGCCCGAAAGCC